UUCGGUUAUUUUGUAUAAUUCUUUAUAUUCAAUUUAAAUUAAAGUCUUCUGUUUUUAUAUGCAAUCGCUUUUUGAAAAUAUCAAAAAUCUAGACCUAUAUGUUGCACUUAGAGAUAGCUAAGUUUUAAUAAUUUAUACGUAGUAUUAAAUGUUUUACGAAGAUUAAUUAGAAUCCUUUCCUGGUCCUUUUUUAGCGAGGUCCUCUUUAUUGAUAAGGAAAUCAUAUUUAUAUUCAAAUUGAAAAUGAUUUUUAGCGCCAUCUAUUAUCAACUGUUAAAAAGUCCCGAAGAAUUGGAAACAUGAAAAAACUGGAAAAUGAUUUAAUAAAAAUUAACUAGAACAACAUAGCCAAAGCGUGACGUGGUUUAUGGUGACACUUAAGAUGACAACUCCUAUGCGCGAGGAUGGUGGUCCUUUACGAGAAUGGGCACCUCUGGCUAUGCUUCUUGAACAAAUACCUGCAAAGAUUCAAACUGGGCUUUUUACACAUAACAUUAAUUUUACUUGUAUUGAUGCUGUGCCUGAAUUCAUAGCUAUUGGAACUAAUUAUGGAUUAGUAUAUUGGUUUGAUAGAGAUAAACAAGAUCUCCAAAGACUUAGAUGCGAGAAUGUUAAUUCAAAAAUCACAUGCAUCCAAGUAAUAUCAACUGUGGAUUAUAUGGUUGCUGCUGGCAAUGAACAUGGUGUGGUGACUGUAUUUCAGAUACCUAAAAGCCCACCAGCUUCAUUACCAGACAGUUUGAAACCAAAGCAGAAAAAGCAGGUAGAAAGAUACAGUAUAAGCGGUUUGCAUAAUAGUGCAGUAACAACAGUUGAAUGGUCUAAGAAUGGUAUGAAGUUGUUUAGUGGGGAUCAAGAUGGUCUAGUAGUACUUACUGAAAUUGACUUUUAUAUGCAUUUGUCAAAGUCAUCAGAAUUACUAAAUGAAAAGUAUGCAGUAGUACAAUUGAAUUACCAGCAGGGCUUGUUAUUAGUUUCGACGACAUUACGUACGAUAUUAGUUAACAGAAAUGAGAAUGGAAAAGUAACACAAGUUGGUCAAAAAGAACGAAAAACAUUAGGAAAAUUAGGUGCUGUGUUUGGUUGUAGACAAAAUUACAGUCAAGAUUUAGUAAUAUAUGCUAGUAGACCUGGAUUACGUUUAUGGCAGGCUGACAAAACUGGAACUGUUCUGAAAACACUGAUCUUUAAAGAUGCCGUCCGAUCUGGUCAUACGCAAGUGGAACUUUUAAAUCCUGCACCAGAGAGUUCUAAAAGAAAUCGUGGGGAACCAACGUUCGGUGUUAUCUUACCUUUCUGUGAAGAUUUAUUGAUUACAUACAGCGAUGAAGUUAUAUAUGUAGUAAAUCCACAGACCAUUGCUAUAAUGUCUGUUGUAACAGAUUUACGUCGUGUUACUGAUGUUGCUUGUACAAAAGAUGAAAUAUUUGUUUUGGAAGGAGAAAGAAACAUCAUACGUAUUGCAUAUUGUCCGGAUACUAAUAUGUUCUCAUCAGAAGUAAGAAAUACAAUAGAUCCGCUUUUAUCAUUGGCCGAAAUUAGUAAACCGGUUACUAACGGUAUAUUAGAAUUAACUUCUAAAUUGAAAGAAAGCACAAUAGUGCCAGCCAUCCCUUUUCAUAAAAUCAACCCAACUAAUAUUAUUCAAUCCGUCGGUAUCGUACCGAUUGUUACGGCUGAUACCGAUGCAACUUCAAUUGCAAAUGCAGAAGAAGCUCUCGAAGAAUCACCAACGAUUCCUCUAAAUUCAAAUACUUCAUUAUUAUCGGAUCGUGACACGGUAACGGAUAAUAAUGAUCCUGCUGAAAGAAGAAAUGUAGAACAGAAUGAAAGGUAUAACGAUAGAAGGCAAAUAUUUGAAAAGAUUAGUCAGCAAGAAUUUGAAGACGUUGUCUUCACUCCAGAAAAGAAACUUAAAAAAUCACGCAAUAAAAUAAUGAAUGGAAAUGGAAAUUGUUCGUCGUUAUCCGAUGUUGACGAUUUGUCUGUUUUUAAUAAGGAUAAAUUAAAUGCUAAUGAUGCGAAGACUACACACUCUUCCUUAUUAACGCUCAGUAUCGACGAUGAUUUCAUACUGAGAACCGAUAGAAAUCUUGAAUCCAUUCAACGUGAUGUAGAAGAUAAAGAAAAGCUUUUGGCGGACGUGUUGGAUUUCGAUUUAUCGAAAUAUAUGACAAGUAGCCAAAUUGCUGCUACUAAUUCAAAUGUGUCCGAGUCUAUCGAUUCAACUACGUGUGCCGAAUGUAAAAUACAUUCCAAUGGUUCUUCAGCAGAAGAAAAAAAUGAGCAAAAUGAAUACAAUGAACAUAGUGAUCAUACUGAAACUGAAUCUGGAGACGAAGAUGUUAGUUACCGAACUGAGUUGAAGAAGUUGGAAGAUUUAGGUGAAUGUAGGAAGAAGUUACUACAGGAUAAAUUAAACGAUCCUUCAAUACAUACGAAUGAUCGUGAUACAGAUAGACGCAAUGUAGAAGUACAGUUUCGUAUUGUAUCAACAGAGUCUAUAAUGUCAACAACAUUGGAAGACGAAGAUUGGGUUUUAGUGAAGAAAGAUAUGUUUAUAGUUACAACGUAAGAUAAAAUAAUACAUUAUUUUAGAUAAAAUUACAUUAACUUUUAACUAUAGUUUGAAAAAUAAUAGGUUUUAAAUAGAUGUGUUUUUCAUUUUUUGUGCACAUCUAACGAACAGUCUUCAUAUAUUGAAAUCAAAGCACUAUUGUGUAUAAGUUUUUGCAUACAAAAUUGAAAUUUUAAUAACGCAUUUUCUAGUCUUGCUGCAGUGCAAUUUGCAUUUUUAUAAUAAUUCUGAAAAUCAUGUUCAGUGAAUACUAUUUAUUUGAGUAUAUAUGCAUAUUUUUUUAUUUUAUUUAAACUGUAAAAUAUUGCAAUCGUAUUUUUAUUUUAAUGUUUUCGAAUUAAUGAAUAUUUUCCUGAAUGGAAAAUGGCGAGGAACUUUUUUAUGAUCUAUUGUUGUCAAGUAUUACUUGUGUAUUGUUACACAUUUAAAAUAAUAUAGAAGUACCUUGGAUUUAUGAUAUUAGUGUUACAUAUAACAUUCCAAUUUGAAUUUUUGUGACAAAUAGAU